AUGGUGGACGGAAAGACCGUUGUCCCCGAUGCGCCGAAGGAGGAGGGCCAGGCGACCCUGAAGAUGCCCGAUGGUUCCGAGAUUGUUCUGCCGGUGCUCCUGGACUCCGCCGGUACCCAGUUCAUCGACAUCCGCAAGCUGCAGUCCACAACCGGGAUCUGCACCUUUGACCCUGGCUUUGGGUCCACCGCCUCCUGCGAGUCCUCCAUCACCUACAUCGACGGCAACAAGGGCGUCCUGCUCUACCGCGGGUACCCCAUCGAGGAGCUGGCGGCAGAGGGCGACAUGCUGGACUCCACCUUCCUGCUUCUCCAUGGCGAGCUCCCUUCCCGCGCGGAGAAGCGCGUGUUUGGCCGCGAGAUCAAGAUGCACACGCUGGUACACGAGCAGUUGAUCCAGUUCUACCGCGGCUUCCGCCACGACGCCCACCCCAUGGCCAUCAUGUGCGGCGUGGUGGGCGCGCUGGCCGCCUUUUACCCCGAGGUGGCCAACACGCGUGACCCCGCCCAGCAGCUGCGCGCCUGCUACCGCCUGAUCGCCAAGAUGCCGACGCUGGCGGCCAUGGCGUACAAGACCAGCAUCGGGCAGCCCAUCAUCUAUCCGCGCAACGACCUGUCCUAUGCGGAGAACUUCCUGCACAUGAUGUUUGCCGUGCCCUGCGAGCGCUACGAGGUGGACCCCGAGCUGGCCAAGGCCCUGGAGAUCAUCUUCAUCCUGCACCUGGACCACGAGCAGAACGCGUCCACCUCCACCGUGCGCACUGCGGGCUCCUCCCAGGCCAACCCCUUUGCCUGCGUGGCCUCGGGCAUCGCCGCGCUGUGGGGCCCCGCCCACGGCGGCGCCAACGAGGCGGUCCUCAAGAUGCUGCAGGAGAUCCAGGACCUGGGCGGCGUGGAGAGCAUCCCCGAGAUCAUCAGGCGCGCCAAGGACAAGACCGACUCCUUCCGCCUCAUGGGCUUCGGCCACCGCGUGUACAAGACCUACGACCCGCGCGCCAAGCUGAUGCGCCAGGUCACCUACCGCGUGCUGGAGAAGAUGGGCAUCAAGGACCCGCUGCUGGACAUCGCCAUGGAGCUGGAGAAGAUCGCGCUGCAGGACGAGUACUUUGUGAAGCGCUCGCUGUACCCCAACGUCGACUUCUACUCCGGCAUCGUCCUGCGCGCCCUGGGCAUCCCUGUGGAGAUGUACACCGUGCUCUUCGCCAUGGCCCGCACCGUGGGCUGGGUGGCGCAGUGGAAGGAGAUGGUCAGCGAGCCCGUGAACCGCAUCACGCGCCCGCGCCAGAUCUACACGGGCCACCUGCGCCGCAAGUACGUUGCCGACGUGGACCGCACCGAGAGCGGGAAGAUCGAGAUCAACGGCAAGGAGGGGCAGGGCGUGUUUAGGGGAAACCUCCUGUCCCGCAUGGUCUCCACCACCGCCCGACCCUCAGGACGCUGA